AUGAUGAUGAUUCCGAAAGCCUUUUGGAAGCCCCUUAAGGUUCCAGACACCAUCACCUCCUGGGAGUCAGAGGCAUUCUGCCUGGCCCCUGGUGGUUCCGGUCUGGCUGCUCCAGUAAAACUUACAGUUUUACAGCACUUCUUCCCAGAAAUCCCCUUGCCUUACGCCAUCAUCCGUGGAGAGCAUUUUGAGCUGAAGGCAACUGUGUUCAACUACCUGUCCAAGUGCAUCAUGGUUUCUGUGACUGCGGCUCCUUCCUUAGACUACACUCUCACACCCCUGAAUGAUGUCCAGUAUUCAUCAUGCUUGUGUGCCAAUGGACAAAAGACCUUCAGUUGGACAAUGGCACCCUCAGUGCUGGAGCCUGUCCAGUCCCACGCUGUGUGUGACAAUGAGAUUGUGAAAGUAAAGGAGAGAGGACGCAUCUACAAAGUCACACAGAGCCUGCUGGUGAAGGCGGAGGGAACAGAGAAGACCGACACCUACAACUGGUUGCUGUGUAAUGCAUGA